CCCGGCCCAUCGGCAGCUCGGCGCUCGACAGGUGGAAGUGACGCCCAGGCGCGGCAGACGAGCGCCGAGUGGGGCUGAUGCAACGCGGGGCAGCUGCCGCCAUGGAGCCCGCGCCGAGCCCACAGGAGAAAUAUCAUCUCAUCACCCGGAACCUGCAGGAGGUGUUGGGGGAGGAUAAGCUCAUGGCCAUCCUGAAGGAGCGAGAGCUGAAGAUCUACUGGGGGACCGCCACCACGGGCAAGCCACAUGUGGCCUACUUUGUGCCCAUGUCCAAGAUCGCAGACUUCCUGAAGGCAGGGUGUGAGGUGACAAUUCUCUUCGCUGACCUCCACGCUUACCUAGAUAACAUGAAGGCGCCCUGGGAGCUGCUGGAGCUGCGCACACGCUAUUAUGAGAACGUGAUCAAAGCCAUGCUGGAGAGCAUUGGAGUGCCCCUGGAAAAGCUGAAGUUCGUUCGGGGCACCGACUACCAGCUCAGCAAGGAGUACACGCUGGAUGUGUACCGCCUCUCCUCCGUGGUGACGCAGCACGACGCCAAGAAGGCGGGCGCGGAGGUGGUGAAGCAGGUGGAGCACCCUUUGCUGAGUGGUUUGCUCUACCCAGGCCUGCAGGCCCUGGAUGAGGAGUACCUCAAGGUGGAUGCACAGUUUGGAGGAGUCGAUCAGAGGAAGAUAUUCACCUUUGCAGAGAAGUACCUUCCUUCUCUAGGCUAUGCCAAGCGUGUCCAUUUGAUGAACCCAAUGGUUCCCGGUCUGACCGGCAGCAAAAUGAGCUCAUCAGAAGAGGACUCAAAGAUUGACCUUCUGGACCGCAAGGAGGAUGUGAAGAAGAAGUUGAAGAAGGCUUUCUGCGAGCCAGGGAACGUGGAGAACAACGGUGUCCUCUCCUUCAUCAAGCACGUCCUCUUUCCCCUCAAGUCAGAGUUUGUGGUUCUGCGAGAAGAAAAAUGGGGAGGAAGCAAAACUUAUACAGCCUAUGAGGACUUGGAGAAGGACUUUGCUGAGCAGGUUGUGCAUCCUGGAGACCUGAAGAACUCGGUGGAAGUGGCCCUGAACAAACUGCUUGACCCCAUCAGAGAGAAAUUCAACAGCCCAGAGCUGAAGCAGCUGACCAAUGCCGCGUAUCCCAACCCAUCCAAAGCCAAGCCUGCAGAAAAGGGCACCAAGAACUCGGAGCCAGAGAAUGUGGUCCCAUCCCGGCUGGACAUUCGCGUUGGCAAAGUGAUCAAUGUGGAAAAGCACCCGGAUGCUGACAGCCUGUACGUGGAGAAGAUUGACGUGGGCGAGCCUGAGCCCCGCACCGUGGUCAGCGGCCUGGUGCAGUUCGUCCCCAAGGAACAGCUGCAGGACAGGCUGGUGGUGCUGCUGUGCAACCUCAAGCCCCAGAAGAUGCGGGGAGUGGAAUCGCAGGGCAUGGUGCUGUGCGCCUGCAGCCUGGGGGAGCCGCGGCAGGUGGAGCCUCUGGACCCGCCGGCUGGGAGCUGUGCCGGGGAGCGCGUCUACGUGGAGGGCUACGAGAGUGGGGAGCCUGACGACGAGCUCAAGCCCAAGAAGAAAGUGUUUGAGAAGCUGCAGGCUGACUUCCAUGUCUCUGAGGACUGCAUCGCCCAGUGGAAGCAGAGAAACUUCCUGACGAAGCUGGGGACGGUCUCUUGUAAAAGCCUGAAGGGAGGGAGCAUCAGUUAACCAGUGCCAGAGCUGCAGCUCCUGCCAGGCUCCUCCCCAGUCCCUGCCAUCUCCUCCGCAGUGCCCCAAGCUGGGGGCUCAGCUCUGUGAGACGUGGGGGCUCCGGGACUCUGUUCGCUGCCGGGAGAGCUGCCUCCACCAUCCCCAGUCCCUGUGCCAUGGGCCAGCUCUGGGGACCGGUGGUGGCACCACACCAAAGGGACCUGUGACUUGUACCCGUGCUCUCAGGCUCCAGGCUGGGGCCCUGGGCUCACUCCCUGUUGUGCCAUGGCCUGGACACUGGUCCCGCUUGGGACAGUGUGUGUGGUGCUGCAGGAACGCUGCUUACUCCAACCUGUGUUGCUGCUAAAGGAGCUGGGGGAGCUGCCUGGGAGCCUGGCAGGCCCCUGCCCCUGCUCUGCACUCGACUCGGCUGCUGCUGGUGCUGCACUUUGGCCCUGGCAGCACCGGCGCCUCCGUCCUGAGUGUGGGGGCAACCAUGGGGUUGUGGGCCUUAAACUCGGGAACCAUCUGUCU